AUGGUCAAUGUAGCCGGCCGAUCGAAAGGAUGCUCAACCUGCCGCAGGCGCCGUAUCAAGUGCGAUGAGACUCGCCCAACAUGUCAGAGGUGUGAGAAAGCUGGCUUCAAAUGCGAUGGACCACAGUCCAUUGUCUUUGUGCAAGGCAAGAUUGUCACGUCUAGGAGGUCGCAGAAGUUAAAGAGCAAAGCGGCCAACCCGCCCAAGACUACUGCAUGGAAGAGGCAAGAAGUAGAAGAGUCCACCUCGGAAUCUCCUGAGUACCGCUUCGAUCUCCCUGUACUCAGGCCAAAGCUCAACGACAAAGAAGUUUACAUCUGUUAUGCACGCCGCCAUCUUCUCCCUAAUGGUCCCAUAGACCUAGGGUUGCAGGAGCUUCAGACCUCAGACAUUGUCAUGGAGAACUACGCAGCAGAAGGAGGGAGCGGCCGAUUAUUUGUUCAAGCCGCACUCAGCUUUGCAACCCUCUUCUUCGGCGCGCAACAUCACCAGAACGGGAUCCUCACCGAAGGCUAUGCCAUACAUGGUGUAGCUCUUAAGCGGCUACAUCAGGCUUUGAGCCAGCCAGAACGCCGCACGCAUGACGACGUAAUCGUUUCUGUCAUCCUGCUGGCUAUGCUUGAACUCUUCAUGCCCACCGGUCCUAGAAACUGGCUCAAGCACAUGCUUGGAUUGGAACAACUUCUAACACUACGUGACCCAGCAUCUCUGGUUCACGCAUCGUUUCGGACACUUGAGCUGUACAAAGGUGUGCGGCAUAUGAUACUGAUAGCAUCAUUGAGGAACAGAACACCAUCAAUCUUUGCACGACCACAGUGGAAAGCUGUAUUGAGAACAGCACUGUCGCUGGAAACCCCAGAAGAACAAGACUUACAUGACGUGCUCGCAGAUUGCUCAGUGCUAAUAGCUGCGUGCGACGAGCUCUUCAAGCUCCAGCAUGCGUCUGGCUUAAGCUAUAUACAACGGCGACAAGAGAUGCAAUGUAAGGCAGAUGGGCUCCUUGACUUUCUUCAAGCAUGGAAACGGCGAUGGGACAGUGAUGGGGAGAAUAUUCGCAUCGAAGAAGAGGUUUUCGAUCCGGCCACUUCCCAAGGUUCGCCACGCAUGAUCUACAGGUUCAAGAGCGACUCUGUUGCGCGGAUGCUGAUGCUGUACAACACAGCAUUGAUCUACACCCUGCGGGUCAUGGCAACUUUGGAACCCAAAAACAACGGCUCGCAAAAUGUCUCCGGCGAUCACAUACAAGGAGACACAGGCGCGGAUGUUGUGACGAAGAGUUCUUACUAUCCCGCCAUCCGUGCGGCGGGACUAGAUAUCGCCUGUUGCAUCACUGACUACUUGCAACAUAAACGUACGCGGGGAGAAACGGACUUUGUCUCACCUAUCGUACAGUGGGCUGUGAUAACCGCUGGGCAGGCAUUGGGAGCGGAAGAGUCUCCGGAUGGCAAAUGGAUGAUCAGCCUUCUGAAGGGAGACGCUACGUAUACGGUUGCAAAAAGAGCUUGGGAGGUUUGA